UUUGAAGCAGGGGAAGCAGACUAACUGAGCUGAGCAUCUGCCGACAACACGAGUCUGACAAUUACAAGACAAAGACUAUGAAGGCUACCAUCGCUACUGCCGCCCUCCUGGUCCUGGCGCUGGGGUUGACCUCUGAGGCCGUGCAGGUGGAAGAAAACGGACUGUCCUUCUCCCUGGAAGCGGUCAGCCGGCUUCAGGAGCUCGCUGAGAGCAGAGCCAUGACGGGACAACAAAGCCCCCGCCUGAAGGCCAGCACCUACUCGCUGUGUGCGGACCCCAUGCUGCCACAGGAGUUCCUGCCCCUCUGUAAGCAGAGAGCCUCGCAGUCGUCCCUCCUCAGACUGGCUGCCGUUCCCCGUGACCUCUGUGAAAUCUGCGCUUUUGCCGCCUGCACUGGAUGCUAAGCCCCGCCCGCGAGCCCGGGGAAACUCCUGCAACGCUUCAAGCUCGUGCUUCCUUUUCCAUCCCUCUCACAACUGUUUUCAGGAAAACUCCAGUCGUUGUGCAUCCUGUUGUGACGAGGCGCAGACAGACGCCCCAAAGUUCGGACUCCACCACCUCCUGCAUCUGAUUGGAUGCAGCUUUCAGGCCAAAAAAUGUCCCCAAAAACAACAAUCAGACAAAGAAAAGUUUUGUAAACUGUUACUUUUUGGAAUUUAUUUUUUUGAAAUCCUAAGCUUAUCUAUUGUCAUUAGACAUUAGAUUGUUACAUUUUUCUGUCUGCUUUAUAUAUUUAAAGACCUUUUUCUUCUUUGUUAUUAUUGGUAUUAUUAAUAAAACGCUUUUAGAAAACAG